GGGCCGCCAUUUUGACUGAGCAAUCCUAGUGACAGGAGCCGAGGCAGCAGCGCAGGUUGUCCCCGUUUCCCCUCCCCCUUCCCUUCUCCGGUUGACUUCCCGGGGCCCCUACACUACACAGUCCCGCCAUGUCCCAGAAACAAGAAGAGGAGAACCCUGCGGAGGAGACCGGCGAGGAGAAGCAGUGGCCCGUUUGUUUCCUCCAGGACACACAGGAGAAAGAAGGUAUGCUGCCUGAGAGAGCCGAGGAGGCAAAGCUAAAGGCCAAAUAUCCAAGCCUAGGACAAAAGCCUGGAGGCUCCGACUUCCUUAUGAAGAGACUCCAGAAAGGGCAAAAGUACUUUGACUCAGGAGACUACAACAUGGCCAAAGCCAAGAUGAAGAAUAAGCAGCUGCCAAGUGCAGGACCAGACAAGAACCUGGUGACUGGUGACCACAUCCCCACCCCACAGGAUCUGCCCCAGAGAAAGUCCUCGCUCGUCACCAGCAAGCUUGCGGGGUAACCUGGGCCCCCCUUCUCCUCCCCUUCCUCACCCACUGGACUUUUAUAUAUCAUAGGCAGGGAUGGAAUGGGCACCUAGUUAGAUCUUCUCAGCUUGCUAGCCAGAAAUGACUGUGAUUCUGCUGGGGGCUGCUGAGAAGGUAAUGUGAGUUGAAGAGGGGGUCUGAGUUCAUUUCUUUGGUUAAAUUAAGAUUUCCACACCCUCAUUGUAGCCCAGGUAGGGGCCCAGAAAUAGGAGACUAGGAUUGGAUAAUGCUGCAAACUCUCUUUUUCUUUUGUAUGAAAAACUGGGGAGAUGUGAUUUCUCCUUUUGGAAGAGACUAUCCCCAAAUUAGUUAGGCUAAGCCUUGGGAAUAAUAUGGUGGCUUUAACAUCCCAAGGCUAACCUGACAGAGUUGGGAUAGGUAGAUUGAUUGAGAUCUGUUUUCUGUGCUUCUAAGUGUUUUGUCCCUUAGGCUGCUAUUGCUUCAUGUUUCCAUUAUGGCAGGUUUAGAGAAUCUUCAAAAAGAAAAACUGAUUUGCUUGCCUAAAACUACAACGCUCACUUAACCUCCCUUACUUAGUCAAUGUCUCUUACAGUUUGCCCUGGCUUUUAAAUAAUGUAAAUAGAUUGGAGAACAUUAUUCACAUACAAUGGGCACCUUCUCUCUCUCUUCCAGCAUGUUGCUUUUGAAAGUAUCAGGGGAUAGUGGAAAGAGCACUGGUUUAGGAGUCAAGAUAUCUGGGUUCUAAUUCUACUCAGUCUCAGCAGAACUGAUGUGUAACCUCAGUCAAGUCAUUUAACCUCUCUGGAUUUCUGUUUCCUCAUUUGUAAAAUAGAGUUGAAUAUAGAUAAGAUUGAUUCUGAGUUUUAAAUCCUGUAACUGCCAACUGAAAAGCUCUGUGCUAUUCAUUGUAAAACUAAAAGUGAGGAAGGCCCAUGGGUGAGCCUACAGAGGGGAACCAUCUGAAGACUACAUGGGGAGAGAGGAAGUUGACAUUUGGGGGUUAUGAAUUCAGGCAAGAGGGCCUUAUAAGUAUUAUGAUUUUGAGGGUCAAGAAAAAAAAUUCUAAGAAGCUAGCCAUGGAAGCUUCUUGCCUCUGCCCCCACCCACUUUCCUGGCUUACAAUGUAGGCCUUCGCUGCUAAAAAGCUGCUCUUGCAGCUGAGCUGUAGGCCUGAGGAAACAUGCUCAGUCAUGCACGUGUGGAGUCCCACAUUUCAGAUGUAAUCCAAUGCCAGGUGUAUUGUUAGGGAGACAAGAGGAGAAGGGAUGAUUUGAGCUAGCCUCCGGGGCUUAACACUACUGCAGGGCAGGAGCAGCAGGUUCUUAGGAGAUGAUUCACUCUGGAGGAAGCUAGAGAAGGUGGUUAGGGAGAGAGAAGAGGAACACUGAGAAAUUUCUGCCUUCCUGGAGCUCAGUAACCCAGCUCCUGUGUGAGGAGAAGUAGCAAUGCUGAUUGGUGAACAGGUAGAGGGAGGGGAUUGCAGGUGGCCAGCAUCUUCAAUCGAGUUACCACUAGCUGGGCCUGAACCUUACUGAAUGCAGCCUGCUAGUUAUGACGGAGAGGGCCAGGGAGAGAACUGUUCAAGAGAGCAAGAGUGUGUAAUCCUCUCACCUCACCAAUUCUGAGAGGCCAAACACUUGACCCGAUGAGAAUGACUGAUGAACUUGCUGAUGCGCACGUGGGGAGAUGGUGUGCGUAUAUACUUCUCUCUUGACUGGCCAUUCAUUUUUCAGGCUAUCAUUCAGACUGGAUAGGAAAAAAGUUGGUGAGGAAGGAAUGGAGAGAGCAGGAUCCCUGGAUUCCCUGGCCCCCACACUCCCUGUCACUUAUAAUUGUAUAUAAUUUUUGUGUUUCUUGCUCCAUUUCCUCAUGCUGUCUUCCUUAGUCUAAAGUCCAUGUGGGAAGGGGAAAAUGCUGAACAUCCUUGUAUAGUUUCCUGAACUGUCCCAGCCAUGCUGUACAUAGAUAUGUCAUGUUAUUAUAUAUAUAAAUAUAUAUAUAAUUUUGUACGUUUUCUUCA